AAAGCAACCGCUUCAAGUGGCUGCUGGCAACAGGCGUUUCGCAUGCUGAGAAGAGAAAUGAAAACCAGAACGUCUCCUCUGCUCCAUGUUCAUGUUGAUGAAACUACUCCUGUUCAUGUUCAUGUUAAAAAGAGCCCAAGGCCGGCAAAGAGAGUCCAGCAAAAGCUGAAAGCCUGGGAAUGUGGCAGUCUACGAGCAACCAGUAAGGUCAAGACCAAGGUCCCAUGGAUUCCACCAGGCAAAACAUCAGUCAGGGAUGUUGGCUACAAGUGGGAGGGCCCAACUCAUCGUCUAGAUAUAACUCCUGUUGAUGCUGAAAAAUUUCAUUCAACACUUCACCUGAGUGACCUCUCCACAGAUGAUGAGGAGGCUGUGCAUGGGAAGAUGAAUGAGUAUGAGAAGAAAAUUGACUGUCUUAUGAACCAAGUGGGAUCGCUAAAAAAUGAAAUUGAACUGAGGAAGAAAAAUCACCUGUUGGAACAGCGAGAGGAGGAGUUGAAUGUGUCCAAGCGCUUGAUUGAAGAGAAAGAGGAGGAAUUGGCUGAAGUCACCAAGGAGCUGGUUCUUACAGAGCACAAGAAUGAGCUGCUUCAAAGAGACAUUGAGAUGAUGAAAGAGGAUCCAGAUAUUUCCUGCUUAGAAAAGAAGCACUGGCGGAAAGAUAAAGACACCCUGUUGAAAAUGCUGAUUGAGGCUGAGAUGGAUGGGGCAGCUGCAGCCAAACAGGUUGCAGCCCUGCGCAGUGCCAUCAGUAAAUUGCGCAUGGAAAAGCCAAUAUCGGUGUCAGAAAGUAAUCUGCUGUCACGGCAGAAGGAGUUGCUACUACAGAAACUGGAAACCUUUGACGCAACAAAUCGAUCAGUUCGGCAGCUACUUAAGGAACAGCACGCACAGGAGACUGAUGCCUUGAGGCUGUUUGAGCAAAAGGAAGCACUCCUUGAAAAGCUGGCCCAAUCAGAAGCAGAAAAUGCGCGCUUGUCAGUGAAGCUGCAAGAGAUUGAAAAUCAGAUUGACCAACUCCUUAUUCAGUAUCGAACAGAAAAGGACAAUGCCCGUGCAGCAGCAGAGUUCUCCAAGUCACUUGAAACCACACGAGCCCAUCUACAAGGACAACUUCGCAGCAAAGAGGCAGAUAACAAUCGCAUGCUCGUUCAGAUCAGGAAUUUUGAGCGUACCAUCUCACAACAAAAGGGGGAAUUUGACUAUCUGACAGAGCAACUAAGGCAAUUUCAAAAGAAAAGGGACAGGGACAAAGAGGCCUUGAAGAAAGCAACAAGGGCUCAGAAGCAGCGAGCAGAACGCAGUGAAGAUACAGUUGAGCUGCUCAAUGCCCAGCUAAUUGACAAGGAGUCACAGCUGGCAGAUGCACUGUCAACAGUUGAGACAUGGAGAAGUUGUCAUAACAAAGUGAUGAAAGAGAAGAGUCAACUGGAUGUUGAGAUCUCAGUCUUGAACAAUCGCAUUACAGAUCUGCUGGAUCAAACUCAUCAUGUGGAGGACAAGGCUCGGGGAGAGAUGGAGUCAAUGAUGAACAAGCUGCAGAAGAUGUCCUCUGAAAGCACUUGCAUCAAAAUGGAGAAUGAGACAAUGAAGGCGAAUAUGUCAGCUGUGGAGGAGAAGCUGACGUUUGCUCAGUCUGAGAUGCAGCAGCUAAAAGUCUCUAUCAAACGCUAUGAAGGGCUGGUGGAUAGUUACAAAUCUCAGUUGAUGAAGACACGAAUGGAGGCAGAUGAGUGCAGUGUGAAACUGGAGAAGGCAGAGAAGGAAAACAAGCUACUGAAAGAUGAUGUGAAUAAGGAAAUUGAGCAGGUGCGGAGACAGAUGCAGAAAAAGUUGACUGAUUUGGAGCCUGUUCCUGAGUUGUUGAAGUUAACUGAGCAUAAACUACAGGACUGUCAACAGCAGCUCAUCAUAUAUGAGAGGAAAAAUGUAGAUCAGUCAGCAAUCAUAUGUGAUCUCAAGAUCGAGAUUGAGGAACAGAAUAACAAGACAAGAGAGAAGUGCCAGUAUCUGCAAGAAGAAAAUCAUAACCUGAAGCUAAAACUGGAGACUCUGGAAAGGAAGCUGGAAGAUUUAGACACCCAGAACCGGGAGUUGGCUCAGGUGGUGACAAAGCGGGAGGAGACCAUUCACCAUAACCAACAGCGAUUAGAAGACAAAUCCCGUGAGUGCACCAGCCUGGCUAGACAGCUGGAUGCCGCCACUGAUGAUGCCAGACGCCAGGUGGACCAAACCAGGGAGAGAGCUCUGUCAAAGGAGCGAACCACACAGAGCAAAAUAAUGGACCUUGAAACACAAAUGAGCAGAACAAAAACAGAACUGACUCAACUACGACGAAGCAAAGAAGAUGCUGAGAGGCGUUUCCAGAGCCGCUUACAAGACCUGAAGGAUCGUCUGGAACAGUCGGAAUGCACCAACCGUAGCAUGCAGAACUAUGUCCAGUUCCUCAAAUCUUCGUACGCAAAUGUAUUUGGCGAUACUGCAUUAACAAGCUCUCCAGUCCAAUCUAGAUCACCUCUCUGAGGAUCUCUGGCAGUGUCAAAAACUUAACUCUCUGACUUUUAUUCCUGUUUCAUUUUUUUAGGGGUCUGGACCUAUAAACGAUCUUAAAAAGGACACCAUGUGAAACAUAUUCUUAUGAACUGGUUAAUAUUAUAUACAGUUUGCAGACUGCAAGAGCAGUAAUCACUCCAGCCUCAAGUACAACUCACCCUAAGUUAAUAAACUUGUGAAAUAGAUCCUAAGAACUAUUUAAUCAUAGGCUUCCAGCACAUUUGGAAUUCGUAUGUGAAUUAUUCAGGACUGUCUUGAGUUUCAGAUCAAUGUAUUUAGAAUUGAAAAUGCCCUAGUACUUAUUAGAAUUGUGACUUGUUCAUUGACUGGUAAAUUAAGUGACAUGGCACACAUACUGUGGGUAACAGCAUCCACUUGUCUUGUAUGUAAUCUUUCAAACCUAUACGUUUUGAUUUGCAGCAAACUUGCACAUGGGAGUACUGUUGUGAUUUAUUGUUCACGUCUUUUUUUCCACUAAUCCAGUGAGCCUGUUGGCAGCUCUACCGAACUUAAUAUCAGGCUGAGGGAAGAACAAGAGUGUUAGAUUGGAACAGGAGAGAUUGUUGUUUCUCAGUCAUUCCUUGGUGUGCCACGAAUCAGUACCUCACUCUUUAAUUUGCAUUUUUUGCAAUCUGUCAAUCUCUUUCUCUCCUCUCCCCUGCUCCCUUUUCCAUUUUGUCCGCUUACCCUCCUCUUUUCCAAUUUAUGCCUGCUUGCUAUCAUCUACAUAAUUGCAUGCCCUCUUACAUGCUGCACUGGAAGAUGCAAUUUCUGUUAAAUUGAGCAGACAGCAGUUCCCUAGAAAUUGCCUGCAUCUAUUCCUCAAAAGAGUGCUCAUUUAUGGUUUUUCAACAAACUAACGAAGGUCCAUUGAUACUUUUCCAAUUGCAACUUUUAAAAUGUCCCUAAAAUAAAUUAAUUUGCAAAAUUAUUAAUGAGAUAAAUGAGAAUACAAGUCUCACUCUUGGUUAUAGGUAAGCAUUUUUAAUAAAAAUUAUCGGCGAGUCAUCUGUUCAUAGAGAACAGAACCAGGAAAAUUUUGUUAGUUUCAGUUAAUCCAAUGCAUGUUUUAUUACUUUUCUGGUCAACUGCUUAAAUUAAAACAAUUAUUCUGAAGCCCCUCCCAUUCAAUCAAUUUGUACAUGUUUUAAUUUUUUUUAAACUUUUUAAAAUUUAUGUAAACCAAGAGCUGAGUUUUAGUGUGCAAAAAGUCCAUGUUCCAAUUGGCCUUGGAGUAGUUGAUGCAGAUGUAAUCUAUCCCUCAGUGCUUACAUACCUCAUUUUGAUAAAGACAGAAGAAAUCACCAAAAAUAUUAAUGUAAAUAACUUUACAAAAUUCUGAUGUUAACUGAUUUUUGAAGCUCUUAUUGUUUUGGAUCUAUUUGAUAAUUGAUAAAUACUGGAUUGCAUCAACAGUGCUGACUGCAGUCUCUCCCUGUCUGUCUUACUGUGUCUUACACUUUCGCUCUGAUAGUUGCUGUGACUCUCCUCUAAUAGGGUGGCCUGGGACUUGGUAUUGUGCUAGGAUGAGGUUCAGUGUGUCAAAGGGCCACCUCUGUCCAAAUCUAUUGUGUGAUCUGUAUGAGAACCACCCCAUUAAAAGUGGAGCAGACUUUCCAAGCCAAAAUCUGACAUGUCCUCGAAUAAAAGGCCCAUUUGGUGAACAAAAUUGUUUUCAUUCAGCUGUGCAGAAAUAGCACAAGAAACACUGUGGGUUUUUUAAGUCGUAUUGCUGAGGAAACGGUAGAUUUAAGUCUCAAUUACACAGUGGAUUUGAAAUUAGUGAACUUUUUCCAGCUGUUAGGGAAUUUGUUUGAAACACUGGUUGCUGUGUGAUUCGUUUCUAUAAUCUACUUUAAAGUAAUAUUUCAGCUGGAAUAUUUAGAAUAUUAAAUAGCACUUCUCCUGAAUUUGAGAUCAAAAAUACUGUUUAAUAAACCUUCCAUGACACUAAAUUGCAUCUUAUUUGCACUGAGGCGGAUAACAUGUAAGUUCUAUUUUCAUACACAUGGACAACUUUGCAAUAUUAAUUUUCAGAUCUGUUAACAUCAAUGUAAACCAUAUUGGGCAGGGCUGUAAUGAGCCAUAGUAUAUCAACACAUAUCAACUCCAAGAAAUCUCCUGCAGCAAGGAAGCCAGAGCAGUAAAAGGAAAGGAGUUAGGAACGGUACAACCCAUUCAUGAGCAGUUGAAGUUGAGGCAUCAAUACACUGAGCACUAAAUCAGAUUUCACUGUUCAAAAGUCAGCAGCCUUUUAAAAGCUUCCACCAGUAACACAUCAUCUGAGUGUAUACUUCUACAGCACAAGUACCCUAGUCAUUCUUAAUUGCUACAGUCUGCAAACCUGUAACAUGGCUUUAUGUUCUUUGAGAAUGUCAUGAGUAAUAACUUUCAAAGCCAGCAGAUCUCCUGUGGCUUUGCUCUUAAACAUCACAGCAGUGCUGCAGGUCCAUCUGCAAAUUUGGCCUUUUUCCUUUAAGGCCACUGUUCUUGUAGUAAACUCAGCAUUUAGAACUGCUUGUAAAGUUCACAUUUCUGAGCAGUGACUGGCUUUCUCUAUAUAUCUUGUAUGCAUAGAGUUUCAUGCCUUAAGGCCUCAGCAUAUCACGCAAUCUAUUCCCUAAGUGCAGUGGGGGAAUGUAGUAUGCUAUGAGAAGGUAAACUGAAUGACCACUUUCAUCGGCACUUUUGUGUUUUUUAAGCAGACAAAUAUAUUUUAAUAGAACUAGUUUAAUUGAGUGGGACUACAAAUUAAAUUUUACUUUUGAAAAGCUUUGGAUUUAAUUAACAAUUCUCCAUUUGAAUACCAUUUGACCCUCUACCCAUUUUAAAAUGUUUUUCCCAUGGAGACAUAAAAAUUGUUUUUGUCAUUCAAGUUCGAUCUAGGUUGCCUUCUGUCAUCCUGGUAGUCUUGUUAUACAACAAUAAUGGAGUUGUUGACUCAUUGCAGGAAUCAAUCGCUAUCAAUUAGUCUACAACAGACCCAGACAUGAGAUCACAAAAACACUGCUGGUGGAGAGCUUGGCAACCACAGAUCCAAAGUCACCUGUUCCUCCCAGGCCACUCUACACUUGCCACGUCAUUCUCUUCUCUUUCCCUUUAAUCCCUCCUGUCACAAGCGUGUUCUCUGAAAGGCUGUGAUCACCCAGGAAUCUGCCCUUAUGUCUUUAACUGACCAAAGGGCACAGGUCGGCUGCGUGUUGUUGCUUCCUAAUACAUGCAUCUCUUAUUUGGUGACGUAGUGUAUAGUUGACCCAGCUAAGAUUACAAGCUCUGCAUAUAGGAAAUUACAUGUAGACCCUCUAACCGAGUAACUUCCUAUUCUGAUGCAUUGAUGUGUUGAUUUGCUGUGCUUCAGUGCUGCUCUGUAGUUUUGUGUACAAGAAACACCAACUACUCAAAACCCACAGACCAUGUUAGCGUUUAUUACACCAAUUUCCCUAUACUUAGUUAUGGAAUGUUAAACGCUUUCGUUCUUUGUUUGAAAAAUGAGCUUGACUUUUUUCAAAUUAAACACUGCAAAUUUCAACUGCAACAGGAAUUUAAGCAAGGUUUUGCUGGGAUUGGGCUUCUCUACACCUUGAAGCGAAGACUUGAGAGUGCAGCUCUCCUGAGAGUAGAUAGGUGACUACUUCUGUCUUUGCUGCCACUGCAAAGGGAUUCAAGUGGCACGGAUCAGUCUCCUAAGAAAACUGCUGUACUUGGAAUUUAUUAUCCUUUAUCUUAACAUGCAGCAUUAAUAGUGAAUGAAGCCCAUUGAGGUACUGAUCCAAUUAUCUUUCAACAGUGAUAAAAACAAAAAAACUGCGGAUGCUGGAAAUCCAGAACAAAAACAGAAUUA